GCCAAACACUGAGGGUGGAAGCUCCGUACCAUAUACGAUGCAGUGGCUUCUCCUGAGCGUUGUCCUGGGGCUUGGGUGUUUAAGCCAAGCCCGAGACUUAGACGACGCCCGCCUUGUCGCCCGCUACCAGACCAAAACAGCGUUCAUCUUUACGACGUCCAUUACCACGGUCCCCUUCACCUGCAUCUCCGGCCCCGCGGCCACGACCCCCUGCACCAAGAGGAGACUCCGGCGGAGGAGUGCAGCCAUUGGGGACAUGAAGGGAACCGGCGAGGGUUUAUUAGAUAGCUCGCUGGACAUGGAAGGCACCCUGCUGACGGAGGACGCGCAGCGGAAUGAACGCGUCGCCCUGACUUUCUGGUCCACUCUCUCCUCCACCUACACUAUCACUUCCACCUCCACCAACACCGGCACCACGUUCUCCGUCUCCUACUACUGCACGCUCGCCGGAGCUGUCAACCCCCCCGCCUGUGGAUAAGGGCGGAGAAGGUUCGAAAAGGCGUCCGAGGGAGAGUGCAAAGUCCUCCUUGAUUUUGGCGCGAACACGAUGGCCGAGGAAAUGAUGAUGAUGCUGUUUUUCGGUGUGUUUUUUUUUCUCUCUCUCUCUUUUGUUUUCUUCUGUUCUUUUGUUCUCUCUGCUUUUGUUUCAUAUCUUGAAAUAAAUGUUUGUGGCUCUUGUUUCUACGAAAUUAUUUGAUCUGUUCAUUACUUUUUAUUAUUUUUUUUCUAAGCUCCUUAAGCAUUCUUCAUUUGCCUGAAUGUCUUGUCUUACUUAUUUUUAAGUAUUUAUUUUUGUUGUCUACAGGGUCAAUUGUGUACAUACAUCAUUAAAGCUUUAUCA